AUGUACAUGAAGAUGAGGGGAGUGCGCCGUUGCCCGGUGCAACCCGCUGUGACUCUUGGGUUGGCACCAUUGUCGGAGGGCCGCAUCGAGUCCGACGGUACGCUGCAGUGUUCCUACCAUGGCUGGCAGUUUGACGGCCGCGGUGCCUGCACGCACAUCCCCCAGCUGCGAGGCGACGCAAAGGCAAUGCAGGUGGCUUGUGAGAGCCGCCGCUCCUGCGUGAGGGCCUUCCCGGUGCAGGUGGUCCAUGGACUGCUGUGGGUGCGACCCGACAGCUCGCAGCAGGCGCACGAGGAGUUCGCGAAGAAUCCGGCCCCGCCACAAACAGCUAUUAAGGAGUUGCUUGGUGAGCCGGAGGUGGAGGGCUUUCGCCAGACGACACAGUGGUACAUGCGGGACGUGCCAAUGCGGUUCGAUACGCUGUGUGAGAACAUUCUGGACCCCUCCCACGUGCCCUUCACCCACCAUAAAGUACAGGGAAACCGCAACAACGAGAAGGGCACGACCACCAAGUUGGUGGACGAGAUUAGCUUGGAGGGCUUUGCGUUUGAGUUGGACUUCCAAAACCCUCGCUUUGGAGUCAGUGUGCCCGCCUUUAAAGCGCCAAACUUUGUUCGGUACGGCAACCCAAUUCGCUCACUGAACGUGUUCGCCGUUCCAACACGGCCGGGCUGGAGCCGAAUCUACGUCACCUUUAUGAAGGUUUGCAGGCCUGGAAGGGCCAUUACUGUUGGGACCCAGGGCGAGGAUACGCGCCAGCCCGGCCGCCUCCCUUGGCUGGUUGAGAAGCUCUAUAGCAUGGUUGAGAAGAUUACAUGGCUCGAGCACAUUACGCAGCGCCAUCCCGUACUGGAUGGCGACAACUAUAUCCUGCACUUGCAGGAGCGCGCACUGCAUGAGGAGCACAACAGCGACUGGCAGAAAAACUUUUUCAUGCCGGCGGCUGCAGACGCAUCAACCAUUGCCAUCCGCACGUGGUUCAACACCUUCGGCGGUGCGGUUCCUACUUGUGAGCCGGGCACACCUGUGGCCCCACGCCUGACCAAGCGCGAGGCACUUGACCGGUAUUCUCAGCACACGGUACAUUGCAGGCACUGCCAAAAGGCUCUGCGCAAUGUGGACUUGGCGACGGCUGUGGUGACGGCAGCGGGCAUCUUGGUGGCCGGGUGGUUGGCGGCCCGCGCCUUGAUGGGUGUACCGCUGCUGUCCUCGGCCACGGGCCUGGGGCUGCUGGCGGCGGCCCUGGCUGGAGUGGUGGUGGCUGGGCUGCGGUCGCUGCGCCAACAGUUCUUCUUCGUGGACUACGUGCAUGCGGAGAGGAAUUAGCGAGCUGGUCACCGUGUCUUCACCAGAGCUUAGCUCCAGCGGCCUGCUGCGACAUGGUCGACCAUUAAAUUUUGAGCUUUGACCUGUGCAUGUGAAGCCGCAGUGCUAUUGCGCUGUGCGCUCCACACAGGGCGUUGUGUGUAAAGUUCCAGCAUGCCGCGCAAUUAUUGGGUCGGGUCCAGUUGCCUGUCGGCUGCAUAUUUGCAUCCCCUGGAUUAUCCUAAUCCAUACAGACAGCUUGGGUCAAGCAAUGACGUGGUG